AUUACAUAGUUCGUAAGCAUUUUUCAUAAUGCAUACGCGACCGUGUGACAGCGAAUAGCGAUCAUUGAAUGCGAAUGCAACGUGCGUCUACAACACUACGUUUUUAUUAAUAAUGUUUAAUGUAUUAUAAAAAAAUGGACUCUUCGACAAGCUCUUCAGAUUUUUCAAAAUUUGAACAGUAUGUCAAUAAAUUUCCUACAAAUUCAAUGGACUCGUUGAAAGAUAAAUAUGGUGAAUAUUUUGAUUUUGCAAUUUUACGAAGUGAACUUUCUAUUAUAUACUCAUCUACUGAAUUUCAUAAAGCAAACAUUCAUGAACUUUGGAUGUAUCUCAAAUCUACUGACUUAUCAGAUAGCUUACCACAAGUUACAAAAUUAGCAACAUUGAUGGUAACCAUUCCAGCAACAAGUGCAGGCGCUGAACGCUCAUUUUCCUGUUUGAAAAGAAUAAAGACGCAUCUCAGAAACUACCAGUCCCAAAAUAGACUUUCAGAUCUGUCGCUUUUAACAAUUGAGAAACGAUUGUUGACUACACUUCAAAAUCAAAAUUCAUUUUAUGAUAAUGUAAUUGACGAUUUCACAAAAAAAACAAGAAGAAUCGAUUUGACAUAUAAAUAA